AUCCCAAAACACCAGAAAUUUAUCCAAAUCAGAUUUUAUUUCGAUUAAUGUGCGAUACAAAUUGGUGCACAUUUUGCGAUUGCGCAGUGAGUCCAUACUCGGAUUCAGUAUAUUGUUCCGAUGAAUGUUAUCGACGAGAUGCAUCAUUUAUGGAUGCUGACCUUUCCCGUUAUUCAACCUUGCCACCUCACAGACGUAGCAAUAGUAUAAGCAGCGAAGACCUUGCUUUGAUGUAUUCUGAAUCAAUACACAGUCCUCUUCCUGAUAAAACUGUACGACAGUCGUUCCCACCACCUUUGCUAUCAUCAUCGAUAUCCCCGGCCAAUAGUCAUGAAGAAUUGGCUUUGAGAACACCUAUUAAUGUAUCGUGUGAUUCCCCAAUUUGUGAAAAGUUAGAUUUCUCCACAGACACUCCAGAUUAUAUUUUUAAUAGCAUACAAUCUAGAGAUUAGUUUAAUUUAAUCUGGCGCUCAAAAAAAAAGAAAGCCCUACUAUAUAUUACAUGCAUAUAAUAAACAUAUAAAAAAAAGGGCAUCUCAUACACGUUGAUGUAACCCC